CCCGCCCCCUCCACCGCCACCAUCGCCUUCCCCGGCUUCCCCCGAGCGGCGCGGCGCCCUCUGAGGCGGCCCCGGCCGGCACAGAUGGUUGGACGGAGCUGGCCUGGAAACAGAAGCCAUUCUUUCUCCGAGCUCUUUCUCGCCUCCAUUUAGGGGGAGCUCAGGCACAAAAUGGGGGACCCAAGAGAACUCUGUCCUCACCUGGAUUGCAUAGGUGAGGUCACCAAGGACGAUAUGCUUUUCAAGUCCAAGGGAACAUGCCAGUCUUGCGGUGCGGGAGGACCAAAUCUCUGGGCCUGCCUUCAGGUUGGUUGCCAUUACGUCGGUUGUGGAGAGUCCUUUGCGGAUCACAGCACUUUGCACGCCCAGGCCAAAAAGCACAAUUUGACGGUGAACCUGACCACGUUUCGGGUGUGGUGCUAUGCGUGCGAGAAGGAGGUGUUCUUGGACCAAAACCUGGCUUCCCAUCCUACCAACCUGCCUUCCAAAUUUAUGGAACAGGAUGCUGUCCCACCUGCCCACCCGCUCAAAGCCGUUCCGAUUGCCGUCGCUGACGAAGGAGAAUCGGAAUCGGAAGAUGACGACCUCAAACCAAGAGGCCUUACGGGAAUGAAAAAUCUCGGGAAUUCGUGUUACAUGAACGCUGCUCUCCAGGCUCUCUCGAACUGCCCCCCACUUACACAGUUCUUCCUGGAAUGCGGGGGGCUGGUGAGAACCGACAAGAAGCCAGCGCUCUGCAAAAGUUACCAGAAGCUGAUUUCCGAAGUCUGGCACAAAAAACGCCCCAGCUACGUGGUCCCCAGCAGCCUCUCCCACAGCAUCAAGCUGAUCAACCCCAUGUUCCGGGGCUACGCACAACAGGACACGCAAGAAUUCCUCCGCUGCCUGAUGGACCAACUUCACGAAGAGCUGAAGGAGCCGAUGGUGGCCGAACUGCGCGACUCGGAUGCCAGCGACACCGACGAGAAGAGGGAGGGGGACCGCAGCCCCUCGGAGGACGAGUUCCUCUCCUGCGACUCGAGCAGCGACCGCGGGGAAGGGGACGGGCAGAGCAAAGCGGGCUCGGCCGAAGCGGAGCUGCUGAUCCAGGAGGAGGCGGGCCGCAGCAUCUCCGAGAAGGAGCGGAUGAAGGAGCGGAAAUUCUCCUGCCACCAACGGCGGAGCAACUCGGAGCAAGUCGACGAAGAUGCUGACAUUGACACCUCGGUGAUGGCAGUGGAGGGCGGGGCUUCUCCAGAAGGGCUCCUCCCACCCCCGCCUCGACCCGCCAGCCCUGCAAGGAUCCCAGAACCAGAUAAUGAUGCUUACCCACGUUGUUCCUCGCGGCCCUGCAGCCCCGUCCACCACGAUGUGUACGCCAAACUCUCGAAUCCUCCCCAUUCCAGCCCGGUGAGGCUGGGGCCCUCGUACGUGCUGAAGAAAGCUCAGCUGUUGACUGCUGGAAAAAAGAAGAAAGAGUUACGUUACCGUAGCGUCAUCUCUGACAUCUUUGACGGCUCCAUUCUCAGCCUCGUCCAAUGCCUCACCUGUGACCGAGUUUCCACCACUGUAGAGACUUUCCAAGAUCUGUCACUGCCGAUUCCCGGGAAGGAAGAUUUGGCUAAACUGCAUUCAGCCAUUUACCAAAAUGUGCCCAUCAAGGCAGGAGCAUGCGGCGACAACUACGCCGCCUCGCAGGGCUGGAUUGCCUUCAUCAUGGAGUACAUUCGCAGGUUUGUGGUGUCCUGUAUCCCCAGCUGGUUUUGGGGGCCCGUCGUUACCCUGGAAGACUGCCUGGCUGCCUUUUUCGCCGCAGACGAGUUGAAAGGUGACAACAUGUACAGCUGUGAAAGGUGUAAAAAGUUACGGAACGGAGUCAAGUAUUGUAAAGUGCUUCAACUGCCCGAGGUCCUCUGCAUCCAUCUGAAGCGUUUCCGGCACGAAGUCAUGUAUUCCUUCAAGAUCAACAGCCACGUUUCCUUCCCCCUGGAAGGCCUGGACCUCCGGCCCUUCCUGGCCAAGGAGAGCGUCUCCAAAGUCACCAACUACGACCUCCUCUCGGUGAUUUGCCACCACGGCACGGCCGGCAGUGGACAUUACAUUGCCUACUGCCAGAACAUGAUCAAUGGCCAGUGGUACGAAUUCGAUGACCAGUACGUGACGGAAGUGCACGAAACGGUCGUGCAGAACGCCGAGGCUUACGUCUUGUUUUACAGAAAAAGCAGUGAGGAGGCUGUCCGGGAGCGCCAGAAAGUCGUCUCGUUGGCCACCUUGAAGGAGCCCGGCCUGCUCCAGUUCUACAUCUCCCGCGAAUGGCUGAACAAAUUCAACACCUUCACGGAGCCCGGGCCCAUCAGCAACCACACCUUCCUGUGCUCCCAUGGAGGAAUUCCGCCGAAUAAAUACCAUUAUAUUGACGAUCUGGUGGUGAUUCUGCCCCAGAAUGUUUGGGAAUACCUGUAUAACAGGUUUGGGGGCGGCCCGGCUGUGAAUCACCUCUACGUCUGUUCGGUGUGCCAGGUGGAGAUCGAAGCCCUGGCUAAGCGGAGGAAAAUGGAGAUUGACACGUUCAUCAAGCUAAACAAAGCUUUCCAGGCGGAGGAGUGCCCGAGCGUCAUUUUCUGCAUCAGCAUGCAGUGGUUCCGUGAGUGGGAGGCCUUCGUCAAAGGGAAGGAUAAUGAGCCCCCUGGCCCGAUCGACAACACCAAAAUUGCCGUGGCCAAAGGAAGCGGCCACAUGCAAGUCAAACAGGGAGCCGAUUACGGGCAGAUCUCGGAGGAGACCUGGAUUUACUUGAGCACGCUCUAUGGCGGAGGCCCCGAGAUCGCCAUCCGGCAAAACGUGGCCCAGGUGCAGGAGGUGGAAAGCCUCCACGGGGAGCAGAAGAUCGAAGCCGAGACCAGGGCUGUUUAAAACGAGGGACACAUUCAGGUCGGCUCCCCCGUCAAACUCCUCCUGCAUUUUGGAAGUCAACACACAUCCAGCCGCUGCUCUCACCACUACCACCCGCUGCCCUGUCCCCAGCAAGCCCCUUGGGCACCCAUCUUAAUUUGAGGCUCGGUCGCUUUUCCCUCCCUCUUUGACCGGGUGGGGGGGGGCGCAGCCUCCCACCUGCCUACCUUUGUCCCAAAAUCGUCCCGUUCCAGGCCAGGAUGCGCACCUGCUUCGGUUUUUCAUUUCCUGCUUUCUCAUCCCAUCCCCUGCAGAAGCCGGGAAAGGAUUCUUUUGGACAAGUUUUGGGCUGGAAGGAGCCGGUGUCAUAACCAUUCUCCUUCGUCACCUUGCUGGCCUUUUUGUGGCUUCAGCUGUUCUUGGGGUACCAAGGAGAAGCGCCCCAUUGUCUUGGUUCUCCUUUCGGUUCCUCUCCUGAAUUUUUACCUGGAUGGUAGGGGAGGGGGCACAUGCAGGAGACAUUUUGAAGCCACCUGGAAGGAACCUUCAUCACCUGAAAGGAAUACAUGGGCAAUAGAGUUUGGCUUUUUUUCUUCCUUUGGUGGCACAUCAAAUAUAUAUAUAUAUAUAUUCCUCCCUUCCCUUGUACGGAUCAAAAGGGUUGGGUGGAAAACACACACACACCCCAAUUCCCUACUAUUUAUCUAUUUAUUUGCAAGGCGUGGAUUGUCCUUGGUUCUUCUCGUCUCUGUCCCCUCCCAAGUAUUGCCCGGCACAAACUGCUAACACUGGUACCCCUAAAACGAAGCACAGACACGCUUGAAAUUUUCAUCCAGGGGUUCCUUGCACACCCAAAUGGCUGCAGCCAGAAACCACCCACCCACCCACCCAAAAUGAGGGAAUAAUUCCUGCAAAAAAUUCCUCCUCGUGACUUUUCUCAUCCACCCGGGCGAUGCUUAGGGCAAGACGGAGCUUAAGGGAGUUCUUCCGUUAGGCCAAUGGCCAUCCCACUUCGGACGUGAAUGAAGAGCUGGCCUCUUGGGACGUCUCCGCUUCUCGCUUCUUCGACAGAGCCCGGUUGCUUAAUCCGAGAGAAGAGAUUCUUAAGGGAUUUGUCACUCAACACCUUUCUCCCCAAACUCACACCUCCCCACAACCUCACUUUUUGGAAUGGCAUCGCCCUCAACCAGCCAGUUUAUUAUUAUUAAUAAUAAUGAUUUUUCUGGAGAAAGGAGUAGCAGCCACGGAGGAGGAACAGAUGCAGAAUAUAAUGUGAACUUGGGAGAAUCGGCUUUUUAAGACGAAACGUCAAUGGCAAAGGCUGGGUUGAGGACCCACCCAGAGAGAGAAAUCCUGGCCAGGUGACUCAAUGGCUGGAGGCCACCUGUUUUUGCUGCUUCCUCCCCUCCCACAGUCCUUCCAGGGUGGCCUUGUUUUUCAUCGUCCGGCCUGGAUCUAUUUUGUUGGAGACUUGGACCUCGGACGAUUCAUCCCGGUGCCCAAAAUGGAUUUGAUUUUUAUUUUAUUUUUUUCCUGCCAAGAACAUCGACCAAUAAAACUCACUCGCAUUCAAAAAGA